AUGAAACCUCCUAGAUUUAGGGAUGAAUAUAAUACCUCAAAAAAUAAUAAAACUGUUCCUUAGAAUAUUUAGAUCAAUCUAAGGAUAGGUUGUAAUAAAAAACAUUUAGCUAAAAGAAUAUAAAAAGUAUAAUUUGUAUUAAUUCAUAGGGCGUUAUAACUAUAAAAAGGAAGCUGUAGUAAUGCUAUAAAACUUUAUGA